GCCACCAAAACGACUUAAACUCAGGGAUCUUACAUGUGUACAGUUACAUUUAAGAAUCAAACCAACGUUCCAGAUCAUAUCGAUAGUGAGAUGCGUUUACGUGUUCGGCUUUCGGCGGCAAAAAGUGUUUCGCGAUUCGUUCGGCUGUUCGGAGUUUGACGAAUAAAAUAUGCUGAUUUCGCGUAAUACCUUGCAUUAUCGUUAUUUUUUAAAUUUUAUUUGAAUAAUUGAUUUUUUUAAAUUUAAUUUUAAUUUUAUUUUAUCAUGAAAGUGACUUUAUAUUUUUUCAUUUUUAUCAUAUCUUGGGUUUCGUAUCGUUGCAAGAAUUAUACAGAAUUUGAAAAUUUUUUCGCCAUAAGUGUGACCCAUCAGGGUGAAGUCGAGAAAUUUAUUCGUUACAAGAAUAUCACGGCCAAAGAGUCAUUAGUCAAGACACCCGGUGAAAGGAAAGGCUAUAAGUUACGACAAGUGACCAACAAUAAACACCUAAUGCAGCUGAUUUACGAUAAAAAUAAUCUACUGAUGAAUUGCGAAUACUUUCGCAGCCGGCGAAAGGUUGCCAAAUUUCUCAAGUCAUUUAAACUAAGCGUGCACCUGAAUCGUAAAAAUUUAACUAGUUUAGAUUCACGGCCAAUGCCCCGAGAAUUUUCCGUUUGGUUACAGUACCAUAAGCUGAAGCAAGACUGUCAUCAUAUAUCAAAGGAUAAAAAAAUCUAUAAAACUAAAAGAAUGGUGCAGUCUACUUCGAAAGAACCGCCUAAAGAAACUUCAUGGAAUUUUUCCGAUUUACUCAUAGUUCCUGGUACCAAAUGGUGCGGUAAAGGCUUCACGGCGAAGAAAUAUAGUCAUUUAGGAGGCUUCGGUAGUGCCGAUAAAUGUUGCCGUAUUCACGAUACAACCUGUCCAAUGUGGAUUGGAAGUAUGGAGAAGAAAUACGGAUUGUUUAAUUGGCGACUUAAUACGCUAAUGCAUUGUUCCUGUGACAAAAGGUUUCGUUCCUGUUUAAAAAUGGCCGAUACAAGCGCCGCAGAUUUCAUUGGAAAAUUAUUUUUCAACGUUGUGCAAUCGAAAUGUUUUAUAAUAAAAUCAGAACCGAUAUGUGUAAAGAAGUCGUGGUGGUCGGCAGGGAAAUGCCAGAAAUACGAAUACAAAAAACAAGCAUAUAUAAAAGACAACCAACCUUAUUAAAUAAAAUGUUGCAUUUAAAAAUUUUACCUAUAUUCUAUGCUUUUUUAUGUUUGUGUUUUGUUACCUUUUUAUUUUAUCAACUUUGUUUAUUUUAUUUCUAGUUGAAUUUGUUUGUUUUCUUGUGCUGAAUUUUAUUCUUACUGUCGUUUAAAGACGACGGAAAUAGUUUUGUAAUUUAUAAUUUUGCUCGUUACAAUGUUUUAAUUAUUUGUAGGUAAUUUUUCAGUAUUAUGGUACGCCUUGGUAGAAUCGUAGAUGUUAUUUUUGAGUCAAUUUUUUUCAAGACUGUGUUAAGUAAAUACUUAGAAGCAAAAAAAGUGAUCGAGCGUCGUAAAAAAAUACAUUACCAACACUCUUUAAGCUUCUCAGUUUACGACUACGACUUGAGUUAUUUGUUUUGAAAUUAUUAUUAGUGCUCGUAGUACUCGACUUUAUUCGAUAACAUUUUUAAAAUGAAUAAAUCUACUUAAUAUGUAGUUGAUAUUCUGAUUUUGAACUGUUUCAAUUUAUUUUAGUAUUUUUUUUAAUUUACCAACGAGACGAUUAAAUUAAUAUCAUUUGGAGAAUGUUCGCCACUGUGUGCAUAAUAUUUUGAUGCAUUUUUUUUUUUUUUUUAAAAUUCUAACAUAUCCAUCCGUAUACUUAAUUGCUAACGUUGUAAUUAUUUAUUCUCUCGAUUAUUAUCUCAGUGCAAUAUGACUGUAAUUACCCUCUACAUCGUAAAUACUCGUAGAAUCUGUUCGUUCAUACUAUGAGAGCAACUUAGUCAUCAAAACCGGUGUACUUACUUAUUAUUAAAAAAAUCAAACUGUUUGAAUAGUUUUCAAAUAAACAGAAAAUGAGUUUCAAAACUACCAUAA